AUGUCAAUUACUUUAAAGAACAUUAUUCCUCCACAACCAAGUACUGAGCGUAAUUUCAGUACACAUAUUGACUACGAUGAAGCUACUAAUUCUAUUGCUUAUCCAUCAGGAAGAAAUGCCUUUAUUCGUUCAUUAGAUAAUGAUUCAGUUGUUCAAUUUACUGGACAUGGUUCUAGCAAUGUUAACGUUGUCAAGUUCUCACCAAUUAAAAAUUCACAAUAUCUAUGUUCUGGUGAUGCUUCUGGUAAAGUUAUUGUUUGGGGUUGGUCUAGCAAUGAUGAUGUUGUUGAAACUAUUGUCAAGGCUGAGUAUCAAGCUUUAGCAGGUCCGAUUUUAGAUAUUUCUUGGGAUUUCGAAGGUAAAAGAUUAUGUAUUGUGGGUGAAGGUCGUGAACAAUAUGGUAUCUUCAUCUCAUGGGACUCUGGUAAUUCCCUUGGUGAAAUUUCUGGACAUUCAAAACGUAUCAAUUCAUGUCAUUUUAAACAGUCAAGACCAAUGAGAUGUAUGACUGUUAGUGAUGAUGGUUCAGCUGUUUUCUAUCAAGGUCCUCCAUUUAAAUUUACUGCAAGUGACAGAAUUCAUCAUGAUCAAGGUAAGUUCAUAAGAGAUGUAGAAUUCUCUCCAAAUUCUGGAGAUUAUGCUGUCUCUGUAGGUUCCGACAGAAAAAUAUGUUGUUUCGAUGGUAAAACUGGUGAAUUUAUUAAGUAUAUCGAAGAUCCAAAUGAAACAAUCGAAGGUGGGUUAUUUGCUGUAUCUUGGGUAGACGAGAAAAGAUUUGUCACUGCAAGUGCUGAUGCUGCAGUUAGAUUAUGGAGUGUCGAAGAGCCAAAAUGUUUACAGAAAUGGCUUAUCCCAGAAAGUAUUCCUUACGGUAAUCAACAAAUUGGUGUUAUAGCUGCCAAGGAUGAGCAAGUGGUUUCUUUAUCCCUUGAUGGUUCUUUGAACUUCUUCAAAAUUGGUAAUGAUACAGUUGUCAAGACCAUUGUUGGUCACAAUAAGGGUAUUACUGCCCUAACUGUUAACCCAUUGGUAUCAGGUUCUUAUGACGGUAGAGUUAUUGAAUGGGAGGGUACUCAACCAAAGGCUAAUUAUUAUCACAAUAACUUGAUUGUUGCCAUCGAUAGCAGUACUAAAGGGUGUAUAUCUACUGUUUCUUGGGAUGAUACUUUGAAAACUAAUGGUGUUACUAAAUUUGAAUUCAAUGAUCAACCAAGCAUUGCAAGUGCUGACGGUACUGGCUCUAUCGCUGUAAUUGCAGGUGGUGUGACAUUGAGUAUAUUUAAUUCAGAAACUGGUGAAGUACUAAAUUCCAUUGAGUUGGAUAGACCAGCAUCAGCAAUUGAUCUACACAAAGAUCUAGUUGCUGUUGGUUACGAACAUUCAAAUAUUAUUGAAAUUUUCAAAGCUACUGAAUUGACUAAUUCAUACAAGUUGAAUACUGCAUUACAAGCCAAACCAUCUUGUAUUUCUAUCUCACCUUCUGGAAGAUAUGUUGCUGCUGGUGAUGUAAGUGGUAAGAUUAUUCUAUAUGAUUUAGAAAAUAAAGACGUUAAAACUACUAGAUGGUCAUUCCAUACCUCUAAGAUAAAUUGUAUAACUUGGAGACCUAGUGAAGAUGGUGAAGAAAAUCAUGUUGUCACAGGAUCCUUGGAUACCAACAUAUUCAUUUAUUCUGUCGAAAGACCAAUGAAGAUUGUUAAGUAUCUAAAUGCCCAUAAGGACGGUGUUUCUGUUGUUCAAUGGAAGGAUACUGAUACUAUUGUCAGUGCAGGUGCCGAUGCAUGUAUUAAAGAAUGGUCUGUUGAAACACAGUAG